AAAGAAAAAAAGAAAGCAAAAUACAUUAGGAUAUAUAUAUGUGUGUGUUUGUAUAUAUAUAUACAGAGACAUUGAAAGUAACACCCAACGAAAGGCUUCCCUAAGCCAUCUUCUUCCAAAGAGAACGAACUCAACCCUGUUCCUCUACCACCGAACACCCCCACCUCCCCGCUCCCCCACCACUCUCUCUCCUAGGGUUUUAUUUCUCUCUCUAUAUAUACACAUAUAUAAUAUAUAUAAUAUAAUUUCAACUUCUUUUUGUUGGAGGGUUUUUUGCUGGGGGUUAAGAAUAGGAUUAGGGUUUUCGAGAGAUGUGGGAUGCUCGGAGGAUUGAUGAAUCUCCUCUCGCUCUGUUGGAAGCCGUGUAGUGGCAGUGACAGCGAUAGAGGUGGUAGCGGCAUCGACGGUGUCGAUUUUGGCAGGGAUGGAUUGCUUUGGUUUCGCGAUAUCGGGCGUUGCUCGUGCGGAGAGUACUCGAUGGCCGUGGUUCAGGCGAACCAGGUACUCGAAGACCAGAGCCAGAUCGAGUCCGACCAGUUCGGGACGUUCGUGGGUGUCUACGAUGGCCACGGAGGUCCCGACGCUGCCAGAUAUGUGUGCGAUCACUUGUUCCGGCAUCUCCAAGCAAUAUCAGCUGAGGAUGGUGGUGUUGUCACAGCUGAGACAAUCGAAAGGGCUUUUCUCGAAACGGAGCGAGGGUUUACUGCACUUGUGGCAGAGUUAUGGAAUACUCGACCCCAUAUAGCAACUGUUGGGGCAUGCUGUCUAGUCGGAGUGAUAUGCCAACAGACUCUCUUUGUUGCAAACCUUGGUGAUUCCCGUGUCGUUUUAGGGAAGAAAGUUGGCAAUACUGGGGUUAUUGCUGCGAUACAACUAUCAACGGAGCACAAUGCUAACCUUGAGGCUGUCAGGCAAGAACUUAAAGAAUUACACCCAAAUGACCCUCAAAUUGUUGUCCUCAAGCAUGGAGUUUGGAGAGUGAAAGGCAUUAUUCAGGUAUCUAGAUCUAUAGGCGACGUCUAUAUGAAACAUGCACAGUAUAACAGAGAACCAAUUAAUGGGAAAUUCAGACUUUCUGAACCAAUGGACAUGCCUAUCAUGAGUGCAACUCCAUCUAUUAUUUCACAUCCUAUCCAUCCAAAUGAUUCUUUCCUUAUAUUUGCAUCUGAUGGUUUAUGGGAACAUUUGAGUAAUGAAAAAGCUGUGGAAAUUGUCCACAGUCAUCCACAUUCAGGAAGUGCCAAGAGGCUAGUCAAGGCUGCCCUUCAAGAAGCAGCAAGGAAACGGGAGAUGAGGUAUUCAGAUCUUCGAAAGAUUGACAAGAAGGUCCGACGCCAUUUUCAUGAUGAUAUAACUGUUAUUGUUUUGUUCUUAAACCACGACUUGAUAUCCAGAGGCACGGUGCAAGACCCUCCAAUCUCAAUCCGAAGCGCCCUAGAGCACGGAUAAAUCAUGAACCCAAGAAUAUUUCUGCGUCCUCUGAUUUUGGUCAAUGCCCAGAUAAGAGUACUACCUGCGAGACGUUUCACAAUGCACGGCUAGUGAGCAGCAGUAGCAAACCAGUUGUGCUGCUCUAAUACUUGAUACCGAGUUCAUUUGUUUGAAGAGGCAUAAAAUUGUAAAAUUUUCUUUUUUCCUGAGCAUAAUUUGUUAAACGUUGUUGGAAGAUAGCUAAGAAACUAUGAGCUCUUUGUAACUCUUAUAUAAUGUAUUCAAAAGCAUGUUCUAAUUUUUGCCUUCCA